AUUAAUGANAUCGAUCACAAAAUGGUUACUUUAUAUCAUAUGAGUCUAAUAACAGUAUCGUUAGUACUUUUGGCCAAAUCAGUGGUUUGUCAACCAAUCCAUGAUAACGAACACAAACCUGUAUAUCAAGAGAUUAAUGAAUCAGAUCUCAGAUAUUUGAUUGCAAAGACUUUAUCGCGUCAUCCGUUAGGUAUUUUGGGCCACAUUAUUGUUGAGGCCGUUGACAAGGCUGGUGUGGACGGACACAAACCCGAGUCGAUGUCAGUUCGGGACCGACGCUACCAAACGGCUACAAAUCUAAACGAUCAAAGUUUCCUCCGAUUCGGUCGAAACAGCAAUAGGAAUAACAAACGACCCAAAGAUACUGCCUAUGACUUAAACGACCGGUCAUUCCUCCGCUUUGGCCGCAGUUGGAGUCCCGAGAGCUAAGACAUGCCCUUCAUAUCACUUAUAAUUGCAUGUCUUUUAAGUUGUUAUUAAAAUAAAUAAUAAUUAUAAUAAUCACAUAACUCUUGUGAUAAUUAAUUACAGAAUUCAAUCUUAUUUGUAAAUUAGAAAUUUUAUUUAAAAAUCAAACCA